CUUGUCAUUGAAAAACUCUGAUGGUCCUGCCAACUGGGGCGGCCUCUUUGUGCCAUGGGAAGCUGCCUUUAGGCCGUCCGCCUGAAAUCGCACUAGUUCCAUCGCUUCCUCAUCACAGCUGUCACAUUCGGCACCUCAGAUGGGGAUUUGUUGGAUUCGCAGCUGGGGUAGCACUGAGGCCAAGGCGAAGGCGGUACAGAUCCGCGGUGGGCAGCGCGGCUGCAGAGUGGCACGUUGGCUGCUCAAGUCUCGAAACUCUGGAGGCUGCGGUGCAGGAAGCACUGAGCAGAUGGCAAGAAAGCUAUGCUUCGGGGCACCAAAGUGAAGAGAUGAUCCAUGUGUCAAAACUUCCAAAAGCUCCAAUGCCAAGUGAACGCUCAAGUCGAAACGGAGGAACCGAUCAGGUGACGCAGGGCACACAGGGCACGCAGGGCUUCAAUGUGGCAUUUGCAAUCUUGUUUUUGCCUUCGAAGUGGGCAGCCAAGAUGAAGGACAUUUUGACGCAGAUUCGAUGCAAAUUUCCUCCAGAAAUGCCACUACUGGGUGUUCCAACACAGGGAGACGUGGUGUCCUUUGGAUCGGCGGAACAAGACCCAGAACUGCCGGCUCCGCAGGCUGCAAUGCUGGACGAAGAUUCCUUGCAGACCAUCAGCCGGGAGAGCAUUCGCAUCCAAGACACCAUUGAUGUGAAUCCCCUUUGGAGUAUUCAGGUGUAUGGCGGCAAGGUGAAUGGCUCCAUUUUGGCGGGUCGCAACUUUUUGGGCCGGGAAUCGGGGGACGUGGGCUCGGCUCUGGUGUUUGGGGAUAGCGUGGGCGUCACACGACGUGUGAUGGGCAUUUUGGAUGCGUGCUACCCCUUCGCGCACAAAGCUGGGCUGUUGGUAGGUGAACAAGUAGGCUUAGAAGGUAGCGAUCCAAAAAGCGGAUGUGUGGUGCUGCUGCUCCCAGGGGCUUUGGGCACUGCAGUGAACUUCUGUGGUGUUCGGCCAGUUGGCCCUGAGCUGCAAGUAUUUGAUGCUGAUCUCCGCGCCGGCGUCCUCCGCCGCGUCCAAGAUCUCGGAAGCAGCGCGGUGGAGCCUGGCGACAGGCGACCCUCCAUCACGGCUGCAGAGGCACUGCGGCGGAUUGCCAAAGAUGCUGGGGUCAACGAGAAGGACAUCUGGUUGGCCUUGCCGCGCGCCGCCGGCCGUGAUGCCGCGCAGUUGCGGGUGGCUCCUGGAGCGGGCGAGUGGGCCCUGUACCCAUGGGGCAUGGUUUCGGUGGAGGGCAGCUUACUUCUUCAAGCAAAUCCAAGAGCAGAGGGCGUUUGCCACAAAACCAUCGAUCGUGUGCGGUUGUUCACGACUGCGCCUGAUGACAAGGCCCUAGGGCAGCUUGCCACUGCCUACGAACUCGAUGCCUUAGCGUCAGAGUCGGAGGCGCCCUACGCACGGCUUUGCCUGGCUGCUGGCCCGGGGCCGAUGGAGACCUUACGGAACUCUGCAAUGACCUUCGUGGCAUGCGGCCAGGCCGUGAUUGGCUGUCCUGGGACGACUCUGGUCGGAGAGCGAAACCGAAGGGUCACCACAAUGCAUCGUCAGGCAGUUGGCUUGGUCAUGCUGUAUUCUUCACCACGUGUGGCCCAAGACGUGGGAGCACUUGACACUGGAGCUGAAUGAAGCGGAGUGGGACACUGAGCUGGUUUGGGAUCCACGGGAAAUAUUUGCGGAUUGUGCAAGACCAGGUCACAACGAUAUCCCAGAAGUCGUGUGGCCAAGACGAACUGGAUGAGCAAGUAAGUGACGACUGUGGCUGUGUGAGCAAGUGGAGUGCUUCGCAUUGGUACCCUCAAGUCCACUGGUCAAUCAUCAUUUUCUGCUUAAUAACAUACAAUAGCCAUCUGGGCUAACCCCCAAUGGACUAUUGUCACCUUCCCCAUGCAAUGCCCAUUUUCAGACAGACGCAUAGGAAAGAAUCGGUCGUGAAUAGUUCUUGACGCAGAUGGUCAUAGAGUCCAAAGAUGGAUGGCUGGCCCGAAAGGGUUUGGGAAUCUGUGACUACAGCAGGAGAAAA